AUGUACCUGAUCACUGUGUUUGGAAACCUGCUCAUCAUCCUGGCCGUCAGCUCAGACUCCCACCUGCACACGCCCAUGUACUUCUUCCUCUCCAACCUGUCCUUUGUGGACAUCUGUUUCACCUCCACCACCGUCCCCAAGAUGCUGGUGAACAUCCAGACGCAGAGCAAAGUCAUAACCUAUGAAGGCUGCAUCACGCAGAUGUACUUUUUUAUACUCUUUGCAGGAUUGGAUGUCAACCUCCUGACCGUGAUGGCCUAUGACCGCUUUGUGGCCAUCUGUCACCCCCUGCACUACACGGUCAUCAUGCACCCCGAGCUCUGUGGACAGUUGGUUCUGGUUUCCUGGAUCAUCAUCAUUUCCUUAUUUUAUUUAACAAGCCUAGGAGUGUACCUCAGCUCCUCUGCUACCCACAAUGCACGCUCUAGUGCUACAGCCUCGGUCCUGUACACAGUGGUCACCCCCAUGCUGAACCCCUUCAUCUACAGUCUCAGGAAUAAAGACAUAAAGGGGGCUCUGAAAAGAUUCCUUGGGAUGGCAGGAAGAAAAAUAACAGAGUGA